AUGGGUGAUAAACCAGAACAGUCAACCUCCUCAGGCAUGACUUUGUAUCAGAAGUGGGAACACCCUAACCAUCCACUUUAUCUUCAUCACUCGGAUCAGCCUGGCGCCGUUCUUGUACCGCAGCCACUCGUGGAAGACAACUAUGGCACAUGGGCGCAAUCCAUGACCAUGGCCUUGAUGGUUAAAAACAAGUUAGGGCUGGUUGAUGGAACAAUCACGAAGCCAACUGAUGCGCAGGUUGAAGAAUUACAGCAAUGGAACCGGUGCAAUAAUCUGGUGAAAACAUGGUUACUCGGCUCCAUGUCAAAAGAAAUCUCAGGAAGUGUCAUAUACUGCAAGGACGCGCGGCAGAUGUGGCUUGACCUCAACACCCUCUUGCUGGAUCCAUUGCCAACUGUUAACAAAGCUUAUGCACUUGUUCUUCGCCAUGAGAAGCAAGUUGAAGUAUCAAAUGGAAAGGGCAGCACCGUGCAGCUUGAAGCUGCUAUGUUUGCAGUGAGGGGCGCUGGUCGAGAACCCGAGACAGAAGAUGGUAGUUAG